ACUCGUGAUGUCAUUCUCAGUGCCAUGAUGGCACUACCAUCGGAGCGAGUGUGCGCAGGCUGUGAAGAUUUUAUGAUAAUCACAACGAGAUACGCCUCGACGAAAUAUUUGUAUUUCAGCAUAAUGGAAUGGUUAUUUGGUAAACGUAUCACUCCUGAGGAAAUGCUCAGGAAGAAUCAGAGGGCAUUAAAUAAAGCAAUGCGGGAUUUAGAUAGAGAAAGAGCGAGGAUGGAGCAGCAGGAGAAAAAAAUUAUAGCCGAUAUAAAGAAACUUGCGAAAGAUGGACAAAUGAUAAUGGAUAUGAAGGAAGAGAUUAUGAACGAUGCGAUAGAUGAUGCAAUGGAAGAUGAGGGAGAUGAAGAAGAAAGUGAUGCUGUGGUCGCUCAAGUGUUGGAUGAGUUGGGGCUACAGUUAACAGAUCAACUGUCUGGAUUACCACAAGCAUCUGGAUCGUUAAGCGUAGCUGGCUCUAAACAACCGGUUGCUACUGCUGCGGGUAAUGAGGAUGGAAGCAAUCUUGCGGAUGCUGAUGCAGAUCUACAAGCCAGACUCGAAAACCUGCGACGCGAAUAAAUUCAGAUUUAAACUAUUAUUAUAGUUAGAUAAUGUAUAAAGAAUGUAUAAAGAAUCGGCUUUAUAGCAAAGAGGAACGGCUUUAAAAAAGUUCACUCUUACCUUAUAAAGGUUUGUAUAUUUAAUGUACAUGAAUUUAGGAGAUUCUUGUCUGCAUACAGUUAUCUUCUUGAGUAUAAUUCAUCUUCAUAUUUUAUAUACGCACUAAAUUUUAUAACUAUUCCUGUAUGGAAUAUUCUCUGUAAACGCCUAAGUUUGUAAUGCAGAUAUAUAUAGGAGAUGCUAUAUAAUAAAAUAUAUGACAUUGGAAAUAUGCUAUUGUUCAAUUUCUAUGUCUUGUUAUUUAAAAUAAAGGAGAUUUUAGGUUA